AUGGCGGGAGCGCCAGCCGGCGCUGUCCGCAAGAGAGUGAGGGAGACUCCUUUCACGGAAGAGGAUUUCCCAACUUUAGAGAGAAAGAGAGAAAGAAACCUGUUUGUUUUUGGGAGAGGAGAUGAUAACAAUGGACCAAAAUUCCUGGUAGUGGAGAGAGUUGAAGCCGAUAAGAGCAUGAAGACUCUAUCGGUAUUCAAAGUGAAACGAGAGAUUGCAAAAAUUGCUGGGACAGUUAAGCGGCUGCAGCCUUUGUUGGGUGGAAAGACUCUUUUGAUUGAGAUCAAAAAUGAAAAUCAGGUUGAACCACUCUUGAAGUUGCAAUUGUUGGCUGGGAAAUCAGUGAAGGUUUCUGUGCACCAGACAAUGAACAAAUCUAAGGGGAUCAUAGCUUGCUAUGAUUGGACCCACAUGCCAAUAGAGGAGCUGAAGGAGGAACUGAAGGCGUUCAACAUUUCGGACGUGACAGCUAUUAAAAGGAAGGCUGAAAAAGGAAAAAUGAUUGAUACGGGAUCUUUCAUUGUGGUUUUUGACUCUCCUCAACUGCCUGAGUCAAUUGACGCCUUUUACUAUCCCCUCAAAGUGAAGGUGUACGUGCCAAAUCCCAUGAGGUGUUUCAAAUGUCAAAAAUAUGGACAUUUUGUUGACAAAUGCCGACUCCAUAAGAAGUUAUGUGGACGCUGUCUGUACGAUGAGCACGAGGGUGAAUGUAAAAAUCCCCAUUUCUGCGCAAAUUGUGGGGAAGAUCAUCUUUCUUGGUCGAGGAAGUGCCCCAUCUUCAAGCAAGAAUUUGCAAUAAUGAGGAUAAAGGUGACGCAAAAGAUGUCAUACUUCGCGGCAAAGCAGGAGUAUAUGAGGUCUCGUGGAUUGGAUAAAUCUUUUGCUGAAGUGGUUGCCCGUUCUAAGGCUUCCAAGAUGCUGAGACAAAUUCAAGCGUCAAAGAAAACAGUAUUCCCGGGUUAUGAAGCACAGUGCAAUGAAGGAGAUGAAAGAAAUGGCGUCGGUUUGCCCUCAACUGGGUUCUUGGAGUCCCUGAGACAGGACAGAAUGGACACGGAGGAAAACUCUUCUGCGGAAACCCAACAAGGACAUCCGCAGGCGCCUGGUGUUUCUUCUGGAAACACCUUUUUGGGUGCUGACAACAGCACCGGUAGCAGCCCACAACUUCCAUCGUCAGGAACAAUUGGAACCGUCAUUAAGGAUGCUUUAGAUACUUUAAAUUAG